GCGGUAGUGUGUGUAUGUGUGUGCUGUUUGACAGCUCGCGCGGUGUUUGUUGAUUCGCUGUGGCGGAAUUGUGUUGUUCGUUGCUGUGGCAUACUGCGAUUGCUAGUUCUGGUGUAAUGGGAGUUUUUUUUUCCAGCUGCAUGUGCAAUUUCUAUUCUCUCUAUUUCACCACAUGACGAUAAAAUAUCGAUGAGUGGACGCGUUGGAUGAGUCAUGGAAGCGAAUGUGCAAUUCAUGAGGGGCGAAUGUUUGUUUUGGUUUUCUCGGUGAAUUCCAGGAUACGGGUCGGGCGGCAAUUAGAUUGAUUGUUAGUCCAUGUAAUCUCUUAGGACAAAACUUAAUCAAUGAAGCUCAGUGUUUUGUGUGCACAACCUGAUGUUAAUAUGUUUUCAAUAAUGUUUGUUCAUUUAUAUGAUUUUCAUCCUAAUGUUAGCAUUUUACAAAUAAUUGUAUUUGCUUGUCGGGGUACUUUGAUAACGCCUCGAUUAUUUCCUAUGUUUGCAAACACUUAUCACCUUCAUUCUUGUACGAUGUGCAUUCUUGUUUAGCUAAUCGUUGGUUAAAAUUUAUGAGCUAUCAACUAUUAACAGAAUGUUCAACAAUUCGCUUAUGCCACAGGAACCUUCCUCCUGAAUUUAAACAUGAAUCCGAAACUUGAGUGUAAAUAGUUUUUUAUUUACCAUUCUACCACUAGCAGCUGAAGAUCAUUCAAAGAUUUGGGAGUAUUGUUAUAAUUACUACUGUUUAUACUUGAAAGAUACCGUUAAGAUAUUGUUUGCAGGGAGUUCGCUUGAUUAUCAAUUCACUGUUCCGGGCAAAGUUUCGUUUAAUUUUUUUCUUUCCGCUUUGGUAGCCUUCGGUAUUUCGACUAGUUACUUCACCUGUUAGUAACGUCGAAUAUAAAUGCAUUCUAACAAACCAACUGGACAUUCGUAUUUCCCUAUUAACGGUUAAGAGUACAAAGAAUGAAGCAAACUUCGUUGGCAAGUCAAGUAUUAGUUGAAUCCAAGAUGCAAAUGCUAUCUAUAGCGACUUCUAAAGGCUCCGCACGUUCAUAUUACUCAAAACAUGUAAUUUAAGGUGUAGUAACCUACGUUAAUAAGUUCCUUCUACUCAAAACAACGAACAUCAAUCGGUGUUACUUUAAAAAAAAGGCUAGGAAUUACAGCACAUGUAUCAAGGGAACGGAAUUAGCGAGCUAUAAUACAACUAUGGCCAGCAACAGUGCAUAUCACAUACUUUCAGGCGUUUGUGACAAUUUGAUGGCAAGCUGCCAUGCGCAUCGCAUACUUUUAGGCGGUUUUGGCAGUUUGAUUCAAAUCAGUUACGUAGGUAUACCAAUUCGAUCGCUUGACAAUUAAAUGAUCUGAUACCUUAAAAAUGUGAGAAAAACAUAACGCGCGGGCCAUUUAAAAUUAAAAUCAAUAGUGUCCAUAAGCUUGCAUUCUACCGUUGGUUUAACACUGUCUCGUAAUAUCUCCAAGCCAUCCUUUCGAUUGUAACUCUGUUUGCCCUAAAAUUGCUAUUUACUGUUGAAUCUCAAUAAACUAGACCGUACGUUACAGCGCAACCUUUAUAUUAGUAUGCAGCUUAUGUGCCGUCAGCUGGUCUGCCAAUGUCGCUCGAUUCCACCACGUCAGCUGCCAGCUGCUAGGCGUACGACCACUGGAACGGUUCAUCCAAAUGUCGUACGAUCGUCCACCCCCGUAAUGUCCUCCAAAAAAUCACGUAUUCUUUCGCAUUAUCUUCACGCCCCAGUCAGCAAGCAACCAACAGUCCAAGGAUUCUUACUAACCACACUCCAAUCGGGGUAUAUAAAGCACGCACGAAAUGUUUGGAAAUCAGUUCACUUGCUAACGCAUCCACAGCAGCAUUUGCCUUUCUUCUCCAACGCAAACCACCCAAAACCAAACCCAAUCAAAAUGUUCAAGAUUGUGUGCCUGUUCGCCAUCAUCGCCGUUGCUUCCGUUUCGGCCAAGGCUGACCCAAAGCCGGGCGUACUGGCCUAUGCUGCGGCGCCGGCCGCUUAUGUCGCUGCUGCCCCGGCCGCCUACGUCGCUGAGGGUGCCGCAGUGUACGAGCGUACCUUCCACGGAAACACUGCGCCGCUGGCUUACACCUAUGCCGCUCCCUACGUGGCGGCUGCUCCGGUUGCAUACUCCUCGCCGUACGUUGCCGCCGCUCCGGCUCAGGUGCUGCUGAAGUCGCACAAAAAUAAGCCAAGUGGGUGGUGUGUUAACGGAUUGGGUUUGCGAUUUUUAUCGCAUAUAAAAGUUGCUGCGAUCGUGGUAAGGAUCAUACAGCAACCAAGCCUCGAACAGUUCGCCUCUUCAGCACUCCGCUCAACAACAGCACCCAAACUAAACCUCAAAAUGUUCACCAAACUGAUCUGCAUUGCCGCUCUGGCCAUCUCGUGCGCUUCGGCCAAACCAGGACUGUUGGCGCCGGUUGCUGCCCCGGUUGCUUAUGCCGCUGGACCCGCCGUCGUCACCGCCCAAAGCUCGCAGGUCGUGGCCCGCAACUACAAUGGCAUUGCUCCGCUGGCGUACACUGCACCGGCCGUCGCGUAUGCUGCCCCGGCCGUCGCUAAGGUAGCCGCUCCGCUUGCUUAUGCUGCACCGGCACCACUAGCUGCUGCUGCGUAUGCUGCUGCUCCGCUCGCCGCUCCGUACGUGGCCCCGUAUGCCGCUCCGUAUGCUGCCCCGUACGCUGCCGCUUAUGCUGCCCCGUACGCUGCCGCGUAUGCUGCCCCGUACGCCAAGGCGUUCGCUAGCCCGCUGCUUGCCCGUGCUCCGUACCAGCUGUGGUAAACCGUCGGGCCGGCUGAUCGUGAUGGUGCAGUCAACAGUUCCUUACCGUGCAUGCCAGCAGUCUGGUGAACGUUUAUUGUUGUUGAGUAAUAAAAUAUAGUCAAAUGUUUUGAAACAAAUUAA